CCCCCGGUGCGCCCCCGCCGGUGCCCGUGCCCCCCGCCGCCAUGAGGCGCGGCGAGCGGCGGGCGCACGGCGGGAAUGUGGGCAAGGCCGCGCUGGAGGAGCAGCAGGCGCCGGCGCCGCCGCUGCCGCCGCCCCCCGCGCAGCCCAACGGCGGCGCCCCCGGGGCCGAGAGGGACGGCGCCGGACCCCGCCGCAGCACCGAGUCCGAGGUGUACGACGACGGCACCAACACGUUCUUCUGGAGAGCUCAUACCCUGACAGUGCUGUUCAUCCUCACGUGUGCGCUGGGCUACGUUACCCUGCUGGAAGAGACUCCCCAGGACACAGCCUACAACACAAAGAGAGGAAUCGUCGCCAGUAUUUUGGUUUUCUUAUGUUUUGGGGUGACACAAGCUAAAGAUGGACCGUUCUCAAGACCUCACCCAGCUUACUGGAGGUUUUGGCUGUGUGUCAGCGUGGUCUAUGAGCUCUUCCUCAUCUUCAUCCUCUUCCAGACCGUGCAGGACGGGAGGCAGUUCAUGAAGUACAUCGACCCCCAUUUAGGGGUUCCUCUGCCUGAGAGAGACUACGGGGGCAACUGCCUGAUUUAUGACCCUGGCAAUGGAACUGAUCCCUUCCACAACAUCUGGGACAAGCUGGAUGGAUUUGUUCCUGCUCACUUUUUUGGGUGGUACCUGAAGACUCUGAUGAUUCGAGACUGGUGGAUGUGCAUGAUCAUCAGUGUCAUGUUUGAGUUCCUGGAGUACAGCCUGGAGCACCAGCUCCCAAACUUCAGUGAAUGCUGGUGGGAUCACUGGAUAAUGGAUGUGAUCUUAUGUAACGGGUUAGGAAUUUACUGUGGGAUGAAGACCCUGUCCUGGCUUUCCUUGAAAACCUACAAGUGGCAAGGGCUCUGGAACAUUCCAACCUACAAAGGCAAGAUGAAGAGGAUCGUGUUCCAGUUCACCCCCUACAGCUGGGUGAAGUUCGAGUGGAAGCCGGCCUCCAGCCUGCGCAGGUGGCUCGCCGUCUGUGGCAUCAUCUUCGUGUUUUUAUUGGCAGAGCUGAACACGUUUUACCUGAAGUUUGUGCUGUGGAUGCCCCCUGAACACUACUUGGUGCUGCUACGCCUGGUGUUUUUUGUCAACGUGGGAGGAGUGGCCAUGAGGGAGAUCUACGACUUCAUGGACGACCCUGUCUGUGUUCAGAAUUUAGGGUUCCAACAUGGUCUGAAGAUCAGUUUCCCUUGCAAGGCUUUGACUCCUAGAACUGGGAAGAAGGGCCAGCCCACAUUGCUUAGUCGGAAUUCAGGACAUUCCGCAGGGGCAGGAUGCCCUGCCCUUGGUGUUGGACCUACUGGUUUGGGACGUGCCUCCAACUCACAGGAAGUUCCACAAGAAGCUGGGCCAGCAGGCCUGGCUGGUUGCUGCUAUUACUGCCACGGAGUUCCUGAUCGUCGUCAAGUACGAUCCCUACACGCUCACCCUCUCCCUGCCCUUCUACAUCACCCAGUGCUGGAUCCUGGGGAUUAUCCUGGUGCUCACCUGGACAGCCUGGCGCUUCUUCAUCCGGGACAUCACCCUGCGGUACAAGGAGAUCCGGCGGCAGAAGCAGGAGCACAGGCACGAGAAGGACAAAUGCCUGAGCAACGGGGAUGGACACUCAGCCCUGCUGGAGGAGCCCAACGGGAGCAAGCUCCGGGAGAGGAAGCUCUGAGCACGGACACGGGGCUGCCAGGAACUCGUGGUGCCCGAGGGGGCCUGGUGCACAGUCCCAACCUUAUCCUACCUAACUCCUCAUUGUCCUUGUUAGCGUUCCAGUGUGUGGGAAUCCUCACGGGGAGGAUGGCACUGACACAGCCCCCCUCUGUCCUCAUGUCACCGGGGCAGGGCCAGAGGAAGUCUGUGUGGAGGGAGGUCAGUGCUGACCCCGCACACCGGGCGCUGUGUGUCUGCCUCGGAACCAGGUGUGGAGAUGGGGCUCAGAGCACGGCACACAGGGAUCUGCUGCUCCAUUCCCAGGGAGCCGAGAGCUCCGUGGGGCGUUUGGGCAUUAGGAACACUUGUUUUGGAGUGUACAGAGACCAGGCACGGGAAAUGAAUUCUGUUCUUCCUGCUGGAACUACCUGGAGCUGCAGAGGAGGACUGGGUGAGGCGCUCGGCGAGGUGACCGCGGGUACACGGGGACGUGUGGCCGAGCUGCAUUCCUUGCACAGGAUGUACCACACUGCACUGCUGUUCCAGCCCCUCCACGGGGCAUCCCUCUGACUUCCAACGUCCUGGAGCGGCCUGCGGCACGCAGGUGGUGUGUCCCAGCUCUGGGGAGACUGACAACUUCUCCUUAGCUCUUAUUUUUAAUUUCUCUUUUAGUCUCGGUCGUCUCUUAAAUGUAAGGGAAGGUGAAGUGAGAAAGGUCAACCUGCCUUUGCUCUGCGGAGUAAAAUGUGUCACAAGCAGAAA